UUUGCACCGGCGCGGCGCGCGGAGCCGGCCGAGAUGCCCUGCCUGCCCGGGGAGCGCUUUCUGCUGCUGGAGCGCUCGGUCGCCGUGGGGCAGGCGGGCUCCAAGGACGUGGACGCGCUGGUGGCCAAGCUGGGCGAGGUGCUGCAGCUAAGCGCCCAGCGGGCACCGGCCCCCCGCGGCCCCAAGCACCCGCCGCCCACCACCGCCCGGGGCCGCGCCGCGCCCUACUCCCCCCGCGGCAGCGGCCUCCUGGUCCCGCGGGGCCCGCCCCCCCUGCAGCCGCACCAGCCCGCGGAGCCCCAGCGGCCGGGCAAGAAUAGCCAGCGGGUGGCCAAGCAGCUGUGCGGCCGGGGCUGGCUGCGGAGCGCCGCCCACAGGAGGAAGCGGCCGGGCCCCGGGGAAGCGCCCGGCGAAGAAGAGGAUCCGCACCGGCUCCUGCAGCAGCUCAUCCUCUCCGGGAACCUCAUCAAGGAGGCCGUCAGGCGCCUGCAGCUGGCGGCGGCGGCCGUGGCCACAGCAACCACCGGCGGCAGCGGGGAGGGGGAAGCAGCAGCCCUGCAGCCUCUGCAAUAGCCCCGCGGGUUGCGGAGAUCCCGUGGCACCGAGCUCCGCGCCGGGAUCAGGACAUCGCAUGUGGGAGGGGCCAGCUAUCGGCGGAUCUAUCUGGGGGGCGACCCCCGUACUUGAAACUGACUCUUUAUUGACAGUGAGAUCCCGUGGCCGGGGUCAGGCUAUUCUGUAUAAAACGUGGUGCUAGCCCCGAAGCGCUGUAAGUCUCUGUAGUGGUCGCUAAUGGGGGUGGGGGAAGGAGGGAGCCCCCCACCUUCAUCGAGCGGGCCCCGCUCCGCGGAGAUGCAGACCCCCUCAACUCGCUGCUGUGUGUCGGUGCGGGGAAAGGGACCACCACGCUGGGCCAAUCCCGACCUGCCGUUGUUUUGGAGGAAGGGGUCAUGGAGGGGAGCGG